AUGAUCAGAACAGUAAAAGGAAGUAAUAAGGAGAAUUCUAGUAAGCAAAUUGAGAAAGAUAAGAGAUUGGUUGAAUAAUUUGAAAAGAUGAGAAAGUUAGAUUAGGAGGUAUAGAGUAUUCUUUUCUAUAGGUAGAAGUCUUGAUAAAAUAAAAUCAAUAAUUAAGAGAAUAGAUAAUAAUGUUGGAAGGAGAUUAUAAUAAAAUAAAGGAGUAAGUAAGAAUGUUAUAGAGAGAUAAAUCUGAAUUAAAAUAGUAAUUAGAUUUUUUAAUUGUUUAAUAGAAUAAAAAAGGUAGGUUAAAUGAAAUUGAAUUAUUAAAAAAGUAGAUUCAAGAAUUAUAGACAGAAUUAUAAUUGUUGAAGGAAUUUCAUAAGGCAGCUUAGAAAUUACUCAAAUCAAAUUUAGAAUAGACAGAAUAUUUUAAAGAGAGAUUCAAAAAGUUAGGAAUAGAAAAUCAAGCUUUACUGGAUUCAAAGACUAGACUCGAGAGUUUGUUUUAAGAAUUAUUAGAAUCAACAAAAUCGAAGAAAAUACUUAGAAAUUAUUCUGAAGUGUAAAUGAAAGGAUAUAAUUGUAAAAUGAUAAAUUAGAUAAAUUAAUAUAAUUUGUUAAUAACAGAGAUUAGUUCAACUUAUUUAGAGCCAAUGACUGAAAGACUAACAGCUAAAACUAGCAUUAAUUAGGUGCAUAAGAAUAAAGAUGUUCGUUCCCUUUUUAAACGACCAAUCUAAGUUGUUAGGAUCAGUACAUUAGGAAAAUCAAUAAAUGGAAAUUUCAUUAAUAAUGGAAAUAAUAUGAUAUAACAAUAAAUAAUAAAAAUUAAUAAGGAGGAAAUUGAAGUAUAAGUGGAAGAGUCUUAAGUAAAUUAGACAGAAAAUAAAUAAGAUGAAGAAUAGAAGGAGAAUGAAUAAACUUCAGAUGAUGAAAUGUUAUGA